AGGCAAAAUGUGCGACAAACCAGACCUCUCGGAGGUGGAGAAAUUCGACAAGAAGAAGCUGAAGAAAACCAACACGGAGGAGAAGAACACGCUGCCCUCCAAGGAGACUAUUGAGCAGGAGAAGGAAUGUGUGAAGUCUUCCUAGAGAGAGAUGGCCUGGCAGCAAGAGCAACUACUCAAUUCUUUUGCUUUGAAAUGAAUCAUGUGGGUUUUUUUAAAUUUACAUCACAUACAUGUAUAGAGAACAGCUGUAUCACCUAACACACUGUCCCACUUUGCUGGCAGCUUUGGCAGGUGGGGAGACCAAGCAUGGUCCUCAGUCCAUCAGUAGCCUGACCUGAUGCCAUCUCUGCUGCUCAGCUGCCUCCUGUGACAGCACUGAUCUUGCUCUGAUGCAGUGGGAAGAUGAGCAAGGGCCGUGGAGGCUUCUGGGCAUGGACCCCUUCUGCCUGGGGGAGUGGGGAACCUUUCUGGCCUCACCUCUGGCCUGGGUCUGUCUUGCAUAUUCUUCACUGACAGUGUUCUGUAGCCUCACUCACAGUUUUUUGUCUUCCUUGGGGGAAAAAUGAGAAGUUUAUUAUAAAAUAAAAAAUUGUAAU